AUGAAAGAAGGUGUAGUCAAUUCAGCCUUUGUCAGCAAUGAAGACCUCCAACAAAAGAGAGGCGAUGAACAGAAACCCCAUGAAAAAGCACAUGAGGAGUCGUUUUCUGAAGGACCAUGUGGCUGGAGUAGUUUCACUCCAAGCUGUUUACAAUGCUGCAACAACGCCAAAGGAUUUGUUUUCUUCUUUGGCUUGCUUGCAAUUGUUCAAAAUGCAGUUGUGAAUGGCUUUUUUAGUGCCAUAAUUUCCACAAUAGAAAAGUGCUACAAGUUAAGCAGUUUCCAGUCUGGAAUUAUAGGCUCAAGUUAUGACAUUGCCUGCUGUGCGUUAUCCCUAGUUAUACCAUUCUGUGGUGAAAGAGGUCACAAACCACGAUGGUUGGCUUUCUCAGCUUUUAUGCUUGGACUUGGAUCAUUUAUAUUUUCUUUGCCUCAUUACACCAGUGGCCUGUAUGAGCAUGGUGCAAAAGAAAACUACGCUCUUCCUGCCACUAACAGAAGUGAAGACAGCUGCAGCACCUCCAGCCUGUCAGCACCCUCUAACCACUUCUAUGUUUUUAUACUGGGGCAACUGAUUACGUGAGUUGGAGCGAACGCGAUCUACACUCUGGGAAUUGCUCAUAUAGAUGUCAGUGUGCCUUCUGAGAAAUCUUCACUGUAUACAGGUAUUGGUAAUAUGAUGGCAAUAUUGGGUGUUGCAUUUGGAUACAUUGUGAGUGGGCAGCUACUGAAUAUCUAUGUUGAUGUGGAUCAACUACAAGAUGUUGCUCUAAGUCCAGAAGAUCCUCGCUGGGUUGGCGCAUGGUGGAUUGGAUAUCUAAUAGGUUUGCCUGCAGCGUGGCUCCUUAUUGUGCCUUUCUUGGGUUUCCCAAAACAUCUACCAGGUUUGAUUUGUAAACUAGCAACUCCGACGGGAACUGCAAAGAUCCAUGCAGAAAAGGUGUCGCAGGUGCAUCAUGAUGGGAGUGAAGAUAUCAUGAAACAGAAAGAUGUAGGCAAAAGUUUUCAGGAUCUUCCUUUGUCUUUAAAGCUCCUACUGAAGAAUCCAGUGUUCAUGUGUUUAUCCUUAACUGCUUCCUCAGAAGGAAUUGCUUCCUUUGGCACAUCAGUAUUUUUCAUCAAAUUUAUUGAAAAUCAAUAUGGAAAGACAGCAAGCAUUUCAUCUUUGAUUGCAGGAUGUGUGUUAAUUCCUGGAGCAGCAAUUGGACAAGUACUUGGAGGGCUGGUGGUUUCUAAAUUCAAAAUGAAAUGCAAGCAGACCAUUAGGCUGGCUGUAGCCACAUCGUCUGCUUCACUGAUGUUUUCUGCUUGUUAUAUCUUCACUAAAUGUGACUAUCCUGAAUUGGCUGGUAUUUCAGUUGAAAAUGGAGCAAUAGGAAAUCUGACUGCCCCUUGUAAUGCCAACUAUAACUGUGACCGCUCCCACUACAACUCUGUCUGCGGAGUGAAUAAUGUUCUUUACUAUUCACCCUGUCAUGCAGGGUGUAAAGAUCAUGUUCUGCAGAGUAAAACUGAGGUUUAUUACAACUGUUCCUGCAUUGAAGAUACCCAUAACACUUCUGAAUCAAAGGCUUAUUCAGGGAAGUGUGCAACAAUGUGCGAUAGAUUGCCUAUAUUCAUGGUGUUAAUGCUAAUUGCUAGUAUUUUUACCUGCAUGACAUCAACACCUGUCAUUACUGCUGUUCUCUGGAGUGUGGCUGAGAAACAGCGUUCCUUUGCUCUCGGAGUCCAGUGGGCUUUCAUAAGGUUGUUGGGUACUAUACCUGGACCUAUCUUAUUGGGUAGUGCAAUAGACCAUUCUUGCAUCCUGUGGGAUAUUAGCACACCUGGAAGCAAAAGCACAUGUGUGAUGUAUGACAAUCUCAAAUUGGCCUCCACUUUUUCAUUGUUCAAUGCAGCCUUCAAACUGAUCUCUACUAUUUUUACUGCGGUAGCAUACUUUCUGUAUAAACCGCCACCAGGAAAAGAUGAGUCUGAUGGGAAAUCUUUAUCUACAACUUUAUCUAAUUGAUACAUUUAGCCAUUGCCUGGUUGUUACAUGUAUUGUACCAGGUUGUUAGUGGUAUUUUAUUUUAGGUUUUUAAAAAAGUUGUGAUGUUUUGAUGGUUUUGUAUUAAUGAAUAUAAUUGUUAUUUGGGCUUGCAGAUUGUGUUAAAUUCACGAUGGAAACUUGUGUGUCCACUGCAAGAAUAUAUGUAAACAGUAUGGCAGAGCUGAGGCCCUGCACAUAAGAUAAUGUAUAUAUUGUUUGUAGGGUCUAUUUUUGUAAAUUGAAGUUGAAUGUAUUUUGAAUGUACGUUUGGCAGGG